ACCCCCGUCUUAAAAAAAAAAAAAUGCCUACUGUCCUGUGUUUAGGCUGGGCCAUCUGGCCAAGCUUCAGUACAUAUGAGGAUGAUGCACAAAUAGCUAGACUAUGAAAGCCCAUCUUGGCUUCUGUGGAAUUUCCCACAGAGGGGUAGGUAUAUCUGACAUAUGUGUACUCCCGGCCCUGCAGGCUCACGUGAUGGUUCUAUGGGACUCUGGGAGGUGACAGAUGAUGUUUUGACCAAAAGUGAUGCAAGACACAAUGUGUCGCGGGUCCCUGUGUAUGCACACAUCACUCACAAGGCCUUAAAGGACAUCCCCAAAGAAGACACAAACCCUGACAACUGCAAGGUUCGGGCUCUGGCCUUCAACAACAAGAACAAGGAACUGGGAGCAGUGUCUCUGGAUGGCUACUUUCAUCUCUGGAAGGCUGAAAAUACACUGUCUAAGCUCCUCUCCACCAAACUGCCAUACUGCCGUGAGAAUGUGUGUCUGGCCUAUGGUAGUGAAUGGUCAGUGUAUGCAGUGGGCUCCCAAGCUCAUGUCUCCUUCUUGGAUCCACGGCAGCCAUUAUACAACGUCAAGUCUGUCUGCUCCAGGGAGCGAGGCAGUGGUAAGAGUCCCUGUGUGCACCUCAGGCCUACAGGUGCAAUUGCAUAUGGGUUUUUACUUUCAGUUUCUUUGUUGGUUUCCAAACAGGUAUAAUGCUUUCUGUGGAACACAUGGAAGUGUGUUCAAAAAGGGGAGUGACACAGGCCAGGUGGAGUGGCUCACGCCUGUAAUCCCAGCAAUUUGGGAGGCUGAGGAGGGUGG